CUCUGCGUUUCUUUGAGUAAAGGAGCCAUACCCCAUGGGCUUAUUUGAUAAAUGAGCACUUCUUGGCAUAGAAGGGAAUUAAAGAAUGAUGGCUUCAGUCCAGCGCUCCAACAGCCAUGACAAAGUCAGGAGAAUAGUCGCAGAGGAGGGUCGCACAGCAAGAAAUCUAAUAGCUUGGAGUGUUCCACUAGAAAGCAAAGAGGAUGAUGGAAAAUCUAAAUUUCAAACUGGUGGAAAACCAAAGAGGACAAUUCAGGGCACUCAUAAAACUGCUAAACAGAACACCGCGGGAGAUUGUAAAAUAACAGCUACAACUGGAGAUAAACACUUUGAUAAAAGUCCCACUAAAACAAGGCACCCUCGCAAAAUUGAUCUAAGAGCUAGAUACUGGGCAUUUCUUUUUGACAAUCUUCGCCGGGCAGUCGAUGAAAUCUAUGUCACCUGUGAAUCAGAUCAGAGUGUGGUGGAAUGUAAGGAGGUGCUGAUGAUGCUGGAUAAUUAUGUAAGAGAUUUCAAAGCAUUGAUUGACUGGAUUCAACUUCAGGAAAAGCUAGAGAAGACCGAUGCUCAGAGCAGACCGACGUCGUUGGCGUGGGAAGUAAAGAAGAUGUCUCCGGGACGUCACGUGCUUCCAAGUCCAUCGGCAGAUAGAAUCAGUGUGACAUCAAAUGCCCGAAGAAGCUUAAAUUUUGGGGCUUCGCCUGGCACAGUGGCUGCUGCCCGUGUGGCUUCUGCAGGUGUUAGUUGGGCUGACAAGGUAAAGGCUCAUCAUUCAGGGACUACUGCUUCUUCAGAUGUAGCUCCUGUGCAGUCUUGCCCACCAGUGACAGUGCAGAAGACUUCCUGCAAAAAUGAACGGAAAGAUGCUGAAGGAUGGGAGACUGUUCAGAGAGGGAGGGCUGUGCGCUCCCGAUCAGCAGCGGUGAUGCCGAAAGUUUCACCACAAGCACCAAGGUCAAAGGAUGACAGUGAUAAGGAAAACGUGCGUCUUUUCCCGGAUGAAAGCAUGCAGAAAGGGGAUGUUGGAGAUGGACCCUCUAACGCCAUAGAAGCUCGGCCCAAAGACUCCUUACAUUCCUGUGACCAUCCUCUUGCUGAAAGAACCCAGUUCACAGCGAGUACACUGGAUGACGUCAAGAACUCUGGCAGUAGUAGUGUCUUACCGGGCAGUUCUGUGCGAAGUUCUGAAAUACCUGCUGUGCCAGGGGAUACGGUGUGCGUCUCAGCCAAUCAGCAGGAUGACUCACCUCCUCUGCAUACAAAUGAAGAGAGAUUUUCAGGAGAGAAAGCAAGGAUAGAAAGUGAAAUGGACUCUUCAGAUAUUUCAAAUGUGAGUGCUGCUAACUUGUCCAUGGCAGAAGUUCUCGCUAAAAAGGAAGAGCUAGCAGAUCGCCUAGAAAAGGCCAAUGAAGAAGCCAUUGCUAGUGCUAUUGCUGAAGAGGAACAAUUAACUAGAGAAAUCGAAGCUGAAGAAAACAAUGAUAUUAAUAUUGAAACUGACAACGACAGUGAUUUUUCUGCCAGCAUGGGCAGUGGAAAUGUAUUUUUCUGUGGUAUGUCUAUGGACUGGAAUGAUGUCCUUGCGGAUUAUGAAGCUCGUGAAUCUUGGCGCCAAAACACAUCCUGGGGGGAUAUUGUCGAGGAGGAGCCUGCAAGACCUCCAGGACAUGGAAUUCACAUGCAUGAGAAACUUUCCUCCCCAUCUCGCAAAAGAACAAUUGCAGAGUCUAAGAAGAAACAUGAAGAAAAACAGAUGAAAGCACAGCAGCUAAGGGAGAAGUUACGUGAAGAGAAAACGUUAAAGCUUCAGAAAUUGUUAGAAAGGGAGAAAGAUGUCCGGAAGUGGAAGGAAGAAUUGCUAGAUCAGCGCCGCCGGAUGAUGGAAGAGAAAUUGCUUCAUGCUGAAUUUAAGCGGGAAGUGCAACUACAAGCAAUUGUUAAAAAAGCACAAGAGGAAGAAGCUAAGGUAAAUGAAAUUGCUUUCAUAAAUACCCUUGAAGCCCAGAAUAAACGCCAUGACGUUUUAUCGAAAUUGAAGGAAUAUGAGCAGAGGCUUAAUGAGCUACAGGAAGAGCGCCAGCGAAGACAGGAAGAAAAGCAAGCGCGUGACGAAGCUGUCCAGGAACGAAAGAGAGCCCUGGAGGCAGAACGGCAGGCCCGGGUGGAAGAGCUGUUAAUGAAGAGGAAGGAACAGGAAGCGCGGAUUGAACAGCAGAGGCAGGAGAAGGAGAAGGCCCGUGAGGACGCCGCCAGGCAAAGAGCGAGGGACAGGGAAGAGCGACUGGCGGCUCUCACGGCGGCUCAGCAGGAGGCCAUGGAGGAGCUGCAGAAGAAGAUACAGCUCAAGCAUGAUGAAAGCAUUAGAAGGCACAUGGAACAGAUUGAACAAAGAAAAGAAAAAGCUGCUGAGUUGAGCAGUGGACGACACGCCAAUACUGAUUAUGCUCCCAAACUGACCCCUUAUGAGAGAAAGAAGCAGUGUUCUCUGUGCAAUGUCCUGAUCUCUUCUGAGGUGUAUCUGUUCAGCCACAUUAAGGGAAGGAAGCACCAGCAAGCCGUGCGAGAGAGCAGCAGCAUCCAAGGGAGAGAGCUCUCGGAUGAGGAAGUGGAGCAUCUUUCCUUAAAGAAGUACAUUAUUGACAUUGUGGUCGAAAGUCCAGCUCCACCAGAGCCUUUGAAAGACGGAGAAGAGCGGCAAAAAAAUAAAAAAAAGGCCAAAAAGAUCAAAGCCCGCAUGAACUCCAGGGCCAAGGAAUAUGAAAGUUUAAUGGAAACAAAAAAUUCUGGCUCUGACUCACCUUAUAAAGCAAAGCUUCAGCGACUGGCCAAAGACCUUCUGAAGCAGCUGCAAGUCCAAGACAGUGGGUCGUGGGCAAGCAACAAGGUUUCCGCGUUGGAUCGGACCCUGGGAGAGAUCGCUAGGAUCCUGGAGAAAGAGAAUGUGGCCGAUCAGAUUGCAUUUCAAGUUGCGGGCGGAUUAACAGCCCUUGAACACAUUCUUCAAGGAGUGGUCCCAGCCGCGAACGCGAACGCAGUUUCACGCAUUCCUCCCAAGUCUCUCUGCAACGCAAUCCAUGUUUACAGCCUCACCUGCAGUAACUGCCCGGAAAACUGCGCCGACGUUCUGUUCAGUAACAAGAUUACCUUCUUAAUGGACCUCCUGACGCACCAGCUGACGGUUUAUGUUCCAGAUGAGAAUAAUGCUAUUUUGGGGAGAAAUACAAAUAAGCAAGUUUUUGAAGGUUUGACAGCUGGACUUCUCAAAGUCAGUUCUAUGGUCUUUGGCUGCCUGAUUGCCAGUCGACCGGAUGGAAACAGCCGGCCAGCUACACCAAAGACAUCGACGGAGGAAACGAAAAACAGACCCUCACCAGGUGAUGCCUUUAACAGUCGCGUUCAGGACCUCAUCAGCUACGUGGUGAGCAUCGGCCUGGUCCACAAGCUGUGCGGCUGCUUCCUGUCCGUGCAGGGCCCGGUGGACGAGAACCCCAGGCUGGCCUCGCUUCUGCAGCACGCGGCCGGCCUCUUGCAGGGCGCCUGCACGCUGUGCUGGGCUCUCACCGGAAGGUCGUACAGCAUAUUCGACAGCAAUCGCCAGGACCUCACGGGACUGACAGCGGCUCUGCAGGCCACAGACCUCGCGGGGGUCCUGCACAUGCUCUACUGCAUCCUGUUCCACGGCACCAUCUCGGACCCCGGCACCGCCAGCCCCAAGGAGAGUUACUCGCAGAACACGAUCCAGGUGGCCAUUCAGAGUUUACGUUUCUUCAACAGCUUUGCAGCUCUUGACCUGCCUGCUUUUCAGGUCAUCGUGCAGUCCGGCCGCCACCCCACGGUGCUGCAGCAGCUGUGCCAGCUGCCCUUCCGGUACUUCAGCGACCCCCGGCUGGUCAAGGUGCUGUUCCCGUCGCUCAUCGCCGCUUGUUACAACAACGGCCAGAACAAGGUGAUCCUGGAGCAGGAGAUGAGCUGCGUCCUGCUGGCUGCCUUCAUCCAGGACUUUGCACAGAAUCACGGUCAGGCAGCUCACCAGCCGUACCAGCCCAAAGGAAAAUGCCUUGGAUCCCAAGACUACCUUGAGCUGGCUAACAGAUUUCCUCAGCAGGCCUGGGAGGAAGCUCGACAGUUUUUCUUAAAAAAAUAAAAGUAAAGAAUGUUUUGGUUGGUUCUAUAUUUGAGUACCCUCAUUAGUAAUAUAAAUUGUUCAAACGUUCUAACUGUUCCUUAAGAAACCCUUUCUCACAUGUUUAUACCCCCCCAUGUAGAUAUGGUACAUACUGUGAACUAUUUAUAAUGGCUGUAGACACGUCAUGUUGUACUUGCUAACUGUAAGGUGAGUUUAUUUCAUUUAUGCACAACAGUUUGCAUUUUGGUAACUUCCAUCUGAUAAUAUAUCCUUUGCAUUUGUAAUAUGGGUGAAAUUAGGCACAGAAUUAGCCAGUCUGUUUACUUCUUGUAAUAAAAUAACUUAUUCUGUUUGUCAUGG